CGCCCAGCGACCUCAAGCACGCCAAAAAACCAUACCAGCGUCUGGCGUCCAUCAGGCCCACAUUCCGCUAUCACACUCAGUUUAUGACAUGCCACGAACCGCAAACCGGAGUAAUGCUUCCAAAUCCUCGCCAGACCGCAACGAAUAUGCUCUAGCAGCUAGGCACCAUUCGGACGACUCGACCGACUCGCUACGCGACCUAGAGCUUACGCCAGGGCCUGCGGGAGCGGGACGCCAGGAGGAGGGCCUGUCAUUCUCUGGGUUCGACUUUCAGCGUGAUCUGCUGCCGUUGAGUGCGACAUUGAACGAAGCGGACUACACGCGAGAGCAUGGUUCAGAGAAGAACAUCAAUGUAAUUCAUGGUAUCGGCCUCAUUGUCGGCUUACAGAUAGGUUCUGGCAUUUUCUCCUCUCCUGGUGUAGUUGUCGCCAACACGCAGAGCGUUGGUGCAAGCUUGUUGUGUUGGAUAGCAUCAGGGCUUCUCGCAUGGACGGGGGCCAGCAGCUUUGCGGAACUUGGAACAUCCAUACCUCUUAAUGGCGGCGCCCAGGCGUAUCUGGCAUACGCUUUUGGGCCCCUAGUUUCCUUUCUUUUUGCAUGGACAGCCAUUUCAGCCCUUAAACCUGGUGGCAACGCGGUUAUCAGCUUAAUUUGCGCAGAGUACAUCAACCGAAUCUUUUGGCAUAUUGCAAGCGAUGAGAUCUCCCCCGACGCUAUUCCACAGUGGGCUAUUAAGCUCACGGCUAUCAUCGCAGUUCUUAUGGUGGCGAUGAUUUGUUCGGCUACAAAGAACUUGGGCGCACGCGCAUCUGUCGUGUUUACGAUGCUCAAGAUCAUUGCCUUGCUGCUUGUCAUCGCUAUAGGUCUUAUGCAGCUUAUCCGAGGCAGGCUGUCGACCUCUUUGACCGCAGAUGUAUGGACUGGUGCGAGUCAUAGUCCGUCAGCGUACUCGCUUGCGUUGUACUCAGGACUCUGGUCCUACGAUGGGUGGGAUCAGUCGAAUUAUGUCAGUGGUGAGAUGAAGAAUCCUGGGAGGGACAUCCCAAGAGCUAUCCAUUCUAGCAUGGCCAUCGUCAUUACCCUCUUUGUGCUAGCGAACGUAUCAUACUUUGCCGUUCUCGACAAAGACACUGUUGGACUAAGUAACACUGUUGCGCUUGACCUAGGACGCGCUGUUUUUGGUUCUUUUGGAGGCACCCUUUUCGCAGUGAUGGUUGCAAUCUCAUGCUUUGGAGCUUUGAACGGAUCAACGUUCACCGGCUCCCGCCUGAUCUGUGCAGCAGGCAAGGAUGGCUAUUUGCCCAAGUUCUUUGGCCACAUGCACCAGACACGGAAUACGCCUAUCAAUGCUAUCGCCCUGCAGACCGGGCUGACCGUCAUAUUCAUCCUCAUUGGAGGUGGUUUUCGGACCCUCGUUAACUUCAUUGUAGUUGCAUCGUGGUCUUUUUACUUUUUGACGGUGCUCGGCUUGAUCAUCCUGCGAGUUAAGGAGCCUUUACUCGAGCGGCCAUAUAAAACCUGGAUUAUCACUCCCCUGACAUUCUGUGCGGUGGCCUUGUUCUUAUUAUGUAUGCCAAUCAUCGCUGCACCUCUUGAAGCCAUUGCUGUGCUCGUGUUUGUACUCGCUGGUGUACCUGUGUAUUACAUUACCCACAGAGACUCCGAUUUGCCUCUCCCAAGCUUCUUGCGUCCUUGGGUGGAUAGGUUUCGCAGAAGCUCUCCUGCAGAGGAAGGGUGGGUGGCCGUGGCAACCGAGGGCGAUGAGGUGGAAAUGGAUGAGACUCGCACUUCUCACUCCAGACGGUAAAGGAAGACGUUCGAUCUAGCAUUUACGCUUCGUGCGAUAGACCUAUACAGUACACUUGUACCGCGUUGCGGUAAAGUUUGGCACCAUCUUAUAGAAUCUGGG